AUGAUAUCGCCUUUAAUAUUUCAUUUUCAGGCGGAAAGAGAACUGCAGAAACGCAUCACCCAACCUACGGAGCUCCAAGAGGCCAGGCCUCCCACAGUGGCUCAACGUCGUUAUCUGCCUGCACCUGGGCAGCCAAUUCCUCACGGAUGGGUUUGCGUUGAAGACGAUUUCUGGACCGUAGCAGUUCUGAACCACUCGCAUAUCUCUCACGACGCGAUCCUUUUUAACGAUGCGAAAUUCAAUGACGGCCAAAUGAGACUGAUCAUGAUAAACUCCAAAUGUACUCGCCUUCUACUUCUUGCCGAUGGCGUUAGAGAGAUCGAAUUUCAAGAAACUCAUGGCAUACUCCGUUGA